CGCAGGAGGAGAACCUCCUGACUCCUGCUCCUCCUCUUUCCCAUCAGCUCCUCGGUGUUUGGAUCUCCGUUCGCAGCAGAGACAUGGCGGACACAGCCCGGGACCCUCCACCGGACCGAACCGACUUCCAUGAGGUGGAGGACGGGGAGGACCUGUUCCCGGAACCGAGCGCCGCCACCCCGGAGUCACAAGCAGCCAGUCUGUCUGCUGUGGACGUCAGCACCAACGCAAACGGACCCAAGCUGGACUCGUUUUUUGAUGAUGACAACGAGGAUCUGUUCGCAGAGGCUACAGAGGAAGUGUCGUUGGACAGUCCAGAGAGAGACGUCUUGCUGUCUGACGGCCCGUCGCCCGCCAUCACUCCCAUCACGCCCCCAACCUCCGUGAUAACGCCUCGCAUUGGCCACACGCAUGACGACAUGUUCACACACUCCUCCUUUGACGAAAUUGAAGAGGAAGACGGUGGAGAUUCGUUCGACAUCCACAUAUCGGUGUCAGAUCCUGAGAAAAUUGGUGACGGUAUGAACGCAUACAUGGCCUACAAGGUGACAACGAAGACCUCCAUGUCUCUGUUUAAGCAGAGAGACUUCGCAGUUAAAAGGCGUUUCAGUGAUUUUCUGGGUCUGCACAGUAAACUGGCCUCCAAGUACCUGCACAUAGGGUACAUCGUUCCCCCGGCACCGGAGAAAAGCAUUGUGGGGAUGACCAAAGUGAAGGUUGGGAAGGAGGAUCAGUCAUCCAACGAGUUUGUGGAGAAAAGGAGAUCCGCACUAGAGAGGUAUCUGAUGAGGACAGUCAAACAUCCCAUCCUGCUGAAGGAUCCUGACGUCCUGCAGUUCCUGGAGAGCACCGAGCUGCCGCGCGCCGUCAACACCCAGGCUCUGAGCAGCGCCGGGAUCCUGCGGAUGGUCAACAAGGCCGCCGACGCCGUCAACAAGAUGACCAUCAAGAUGAACGAGUCGGACGCCUGGUUCGAGGAAAAGCAGCAACACUUUGAGAAUCUGGACCUGCAGCUCAAGAAGCUUCACGCCAGCGUGGAGUCGCUGGUCUGUCACAGGAAAGAGCUGUCUGUAAACACGGCGCAGUUCGCCAAGUCGGCGGCCAUGUUGGGGAACAGCGAGGACCACACGGCCCUGUCCAGAGCUCUGUCCCAGCUGGCCGAGGUGGAGGAGAAGAUCGACCAGCUGCACCAGGACCAGGCCAACGCCGACCUCUACCUGUUCUCUGAGUUACUGGGCGACUACGUCCGGCUGAUCGGCGCCGUCAAGGGAGUGUUUGACCACCGCAUGAAGACGUGGCAGAAGUGGCAGGACAGCCAGAUGCUGCUGCAGAAGAAACGGGAAGCCGAAGCCAAACUGCAGUUCACCAACAAACCGGACAAACUGCAGCAGGCCAAAGACGAGAUCAAAGAGCUGGAGGGAAAAGUCCAGCAGGGCGAGAGAGACUUUGAGCAAAUCUCCAAAACCAUCCGCAAGGAAGUCAGCAGGUUCGAGAAAGAGAGAGUAAAGGACUUUAAAAUGAUCAUUGUUAAAUACCUGGAGUCGCUGGUUCAAACACAACAGCAGCUCAUUAAAUACUGGGAAGCCUUCCUCCCUGAAGCCAAGGCCAUCUCAUAGAGCCCGCCACCAGAGGGACAGACUACACUACCCAUCAUGCACCUCUCCUCUCCCUCCUCCUGUUUGAAGCAAAGAUGAGGAGCGAGACACAUAAUCAAAGUGUCUUUUUGCAAUUAAAAGAGCAAAGUUCACAGUUUCUGGUUUUGGUUUUUGAACCGAUUGAUUUAUGAUUCAGGAAACAACCAAAUUCUUAUAAAAUGUGAAAUAAACAGUAAUUUCUGUCAGACAGUGAAUGCAACACGAGUUUACAACACAGAGCUUUAAUCUCACACAUCCAAAGCUUUCAUUGAUUUAUUCCAAUAUCUGACACCAGGGGGCGCUGUAUCGGGACGGUUCUAUUAAAGGACCAUUUCAAAUUACCCAAAGGAAGAAAAGUGUUCAGUAAACAAAUUUCCUUUUGGAUUUAUGGAAGCCCAUUUUUGUCUAAAAAUGUAGAAAAUGUUUGAAAAUUGAAAUGACGGCAGAAAAUAAACCUUUGCUAAAAUCUUUUGCUUAUUUUGCAGAAAUACAAAAAACAACAAAGCUUUAAUUUUUAACUUUAUUUUUUAUCCCUGUCAAUUAAACAAUCAGGUCAGAUUAUUAAUUAUCAAGCUGAUGUCAAAACCAUGCAAACAUGGUUCCAAAUAAAAAUGUCUUGAGAUGCUAAUAUGUUGAAAUGGAGGUUUGGCAGCAGUCCAACAGCGAGACGUUGUUCAGUGUUUGUGCCACUAGAUGGCGCUGUGUGAUUCAUAACGUCUGCAAACCUUAGAAGGUUGAACAGUCAGUAUUUCGGAUUCAAAUAUUCUCAAAAUUCGUCACAUUUUUCUGCUUUUCUGGCAACAAGGAGCUUCCGUAGUUAAUGAAAAAUACUCCAUUACCCAUGAUCCUUGUUGAGAUGAGAAGUUUGAUUCAGGAUUUCCCAAAGAGACGCAUAAUCCCUGGACUUCAAUGAGCUGAAGUGCUCUCUGAUUGGUGGUUUCUAAUUUUUCACUUUUUUUCUUGUUUUAGUGGGAAAAGUUACUCAGAACGAUCCUGAAUAUCAUUUAGAACCAGAACCAAAAUCCACCUUUAUUCUCUGCAUUGAACAUGAAGCUUUUUAAACAUUUUUUCAAAAACAAUCCUUUGCCAUCAGCAGAGGAACAAUUACAGCUUCUUCAAUCAGAGAUCAUCAUCAAGUUAUUCCUCUUUGCUAUUACUUCCUGUUAAGCCUUUCAUAAUAAGAGCCUUGUUUCUGUUGCUGUAUGAUCGAAAGUGAAGGCAACGUUUUUGUUUGAGCCCGAAACUGGAAGAGUCUGGUUCUGUUCGCUGCAGAUUUAAUAAAAAAGGCUCAAUUUACAUGAUAAAAAACUGAAACAUCUGGUAAAUUUACAAAAUGUGGCUUUUUAAGUGUCCAAAAUAAACGAGCGUCUUUUAUUUCUAAAAAUGUGUUCAGACAAAAAUAUAAGAGAAACAGGUUGGACUGGAUAAAAAGCAGCAAUUUUUGUUCAAUCAAAAAUCGAAAAAUGUUUUUUUUUUGUAUGAUCUUUAAAUUGCAGACUGAACAGAAGCAGUUUCUGUUCUUUAUGAACCGGGAAAGUGAAGGUGAAGCUGUUAUUUUCCUGAAAGUUUGAACUUCUCAGCUGACCGUUUGUCCGUCCCUGAAUCAAACUGAAGAUGUUUUUUUAUGUCUGUGAAUCUUUGUGAAAGCUGCAGUUUUACAUGUUUUGUAGCAAAUUCUGCAGUUUGUUCUGAUUUUUUUCAUUGAUUUUAAAUCACAUUGCAGAAAAACGUCCAGAAUCAGUUUGACCUGAAAGUGUUUUCAUCUCUAACUGGUUUAAACCGAAAGAAGAACUGGAAGAAGUUUUGAUUUUGAAUAAUUUAAUCUUCUGCAUAUUUCCAACUCUGCUCAUCUGAAAUAUCAACAUUUAUUGAUUUGUAUGAGUUUUUAAAAAUCUUUUGCAUUCUUGUUAACCGUUGAAUGGUUGGAAGGUUUUUGCUGAUUUUCUUUUGUAUUUUCAAAGACGAUGAAAUUGUUGAUUUGUUUGGGAAUCUUUUGAUGUGACAUUCCUGCAGUGCAGCUGAGCUGAUGAUUGAAGACUUUAAUUACAAUAAAGAAUGUAUCUCAUCCUUUA